AUGCAGGGCCGCGGAAAACCCGAGAAGCGCGAUGCACAUGUGGGUGCCGCAGACGUAGACGCCGGUCGAGAUGGACAGGCCCUGGGGAAAGAGCAUGGCGUUGGGCGGCGCUUGGAGCUUCAUGGCGAGCAUGAUGAGGCCAGCUUCGAGGGCGACUUGGAGGGUGCGGCAGCCCAUGGACCACAACGGCAUGAUGAACGAAUCGGCUUCGGCGAUGGCGCGGUACGCAGAGUACAGCGCCAUCAUGCUGAGGAGGAGGGAUACGAAAGACAGACUCUGCAUGGACGCGACGCGCUUGCACAGGUCCGUGCGAUGCGUCGCACAUACGUCUUUCCAAGGGAAGCACGACGACGUGGUGACAGAAGUGUUGUCGAUGUUCGCUAA